AUGGCCGUCGCGAGCGCCUGCGCCCACUCUUUCAAGAUGAUCAAGUCGGAUAGCACUCUGAUCCAGUGGACCUGCAACCUAUGCCAUUCAGGCCCUCACUGGUGCAUCUUCGAAUGCCGGUAUUGCAAAAUCCACACGUGCCGACCCUGCACCCAGAGCGCCUGA